ACGCUAAUAUAUUUACCUUUUGCAACACUGAUUGAAAAUUAUAAACAAUCUUAAGGUGUUGAUAUUAUUUUACAAUUAAUUUCGGCAAUGGGGGGAACGCGAUGCAUUUUCCGCGAUUGCUCUGUUAACUCGAAACGCAACCCGAAGAUGCAUUUCUUUAAACUACCGCUCCGUGACUCCAAGCGAGUUGGCGCCUGGCUGAGGAAUUGUGGCAAGGAGGAUAUUUUGAAUGUUCCGAAUAAAAAAUUGGAUUGCAAGACAGUUUGCGCUCGUCAUUUUCGCAUUGAAUGCUUUAUGAACUAUAAAAUGGAUCGAUUGUUACCUUUUGUUACUCCUACGCUCAUCCGGAUAAACAGCAAUUUUGCCAUCGACUUGGACAAUCUGGAUGAGAACGGCGAUGCAGUGCUUGUCAAACUGGAGAUUCCAACGCAACCUCAUCUAAUUGCUCCUAAGGAUUUCGACUGCCCUCUGGGGUUUAAUGAUGAAAGCGACUGUGACCCCGAAUUAUGGAGCCGAAUAAUCGGCCAAAGAGAUCCCGCUGCUGGAAAUCAAGAAGCGUCAGACAGGAGCAGAUGUGAAGCGGCACUUUCAAACUGUGAAGGAAGGCAGCAGGAUGAUCAGCCACAAGCGCCAAAGCUUAUCAAGAAGUAUGAGAUUAAAGUUAUUAAACGAAACUUACCAGAUAAGCAAGGAGUGCACUGCCAUAAAGUGACAAAAAAAACCAAACUGGCAGAAGAGCCGGAAAGUUUAGAAAUCCAUUUAGAAGAGGACGAACUUCAUAAGCAGGAGGAAUCCAUUCCACAACCUGAUCUUCCGAAAUCAAAGGAAGAAGCAGGCAACAAUCAUGUAAUGAUAAACGGGAAAAUCAUGGAACUAAAAGUACAAAAACAGAAUUCUAGCAAUGCAUGGAAGUCACUUAAAACCCAGUACCUGAAACCGCAUGAUAAUGAAAAAGCUAUCAAAACUGUAAAGGAAUCAGCUGAGCAAGAAGAAAAUCUAUUGCAAUGCGACGAAAUUAUUCUCGGGCCAAACGAGGAGAUGGAAUGGGAUCCAAAUACUUUGCACUCGCAUGAGAGUAUUGAAUCUCCCAAGGAGCUUCCUGGAACAGAGGCAUCAACUCAGACUUUACCAGAUGAUCUCGAGAAAUUGACGCGAGUUGAGGCAGAAACUCAAACUUUACAAGAUGUUCAAGAAAAUCCAGCGCGAAUAGAGGCAGAAACUCAAACUUUAGAUGAGGAACCCACUAGGGAUCAGAUUCUGUUACAGUACAACCAAUUAAAAUCCGAUUAUGAAAAGAUUAAAAAGGAAAAUUCUUUACUAAAGCUUCCGAUUGCGCAAUCGGAAUCACCCAAAUUACCAACCAACAACAAAUCAGCAGCAAACUCUUUGUCAAAACCACAGCUGUAUAUGGGCAUAAAGAAGUAUCUGGGGCCCACGAUGGCGGCUUUGUUGCGUAUAGAAUUAUUUGGAGGAUCUGAAGAUAGAUCUUGGAAGGAAGAUGAGCAGGAAUUUGCGGUGGAGCUUCUGAAACUAGGAGAGGAGACUUAUAAGUACUGUUGCGAUGAGUGGCGAUUCCGACUACCACCCCUACGAUUGGCGCGCACCUGGCUAGAAGCAGAUAAUCAAAUGGCGAAGGACGACGAGCCGCUAGAUUUAUAACAGUAAUUGUUCAUAACAUCCUUUAAUUGUUUUGUAGGAUGGUUUGGUCAAAUGUUAAAAGUAGAGACAUCAUUCUGCCAUCAAAGGUAACUUUAUUUGUAGAUAUAUUACGAAGCUUUAGGAUUAAGGAUUAAAAGUAUUAAUAUUAAUAUUAUAAUAUUAAUAAUAUUAUGAUUUUAUUUAUAUAUUACAUACAUUGCA